AUGCCGCUCGCCGCUCGCCCAGCCGAUAAAUUUGAAGUGUACAAGAAGCACCACCCUCCCUCCUUGCUUGAUGAAGUAUGGAGAUUGGAAAAGAUUGGGAAGAUGGAGCUUUCCACAAACGCCUCAGUCGGGAAAACAUCCCCACUAUUCUUGGCACUGCCAAAAACUGGUGUCGUCUUCAAUCUUGUGGGACAAGUGAUGGGAUUACUUUCAGGUUGUCAGUAUGUUCCUAUUGAAAAGCUCUUUGAAGCUAAGAAGGUGGAUGCCCACAACUUGGUUAUUUCUGCCUUUCAGCACUGGGAGGAGGUAGUUUCUUUUGACGAAGAAGCAUAUCUCAUCGCUGGCUCUUCACAUGUAUCAAGUGCUCCACGCAACUCGAGCUCUCCAAAGACCGAGGGUUCGAAAACUUGCAGGUUCUUGUCUUGUGAAAGGAUAGGUGGAUUAGACUAUGCCCAACCAAAUGCAUCUUCCCUAGAUAUUAUGUCAUCCAUCUACUCCAAGGUGGAUGUUAGUGGCUUAGAUGACUAUACAUUGCAUGGGAUGGAGAACAUGGGUCUUAGAUACGAUCAAACCCUAAGUUUGAUUCCCAAUAGUCAAGUUGCCAGGGUGCCCUAG